AUGACGAUUCGUUACCUCAAGAGCAGGUCGCAGACCACCAACCAGUCCACCUCUUCCCAGGUAGACGUGAGCACCGUGGUAAAGGGCGUAAUCGAUGAUGUCCGUGCCGACGGCGACCUGGCGGUUCGAAAGUACUCCGAGAAGUUUGACAAUUGGUCUCCAGCAUCGUUCAAACUCUCUCAGUCAGACAUCGAUGCCUCUAUUGCUGCUUGUCCGCAGCAAACAAUCGAGGAUAUCAAAGAGGUGCAAAGGAACGUGCGGGCAUUUGCGCAGGCACAGAGGGACUUCAUUCAGGAUUUCGAGUACGAGAUUCAGCCGGGGGUGUAUCUGGGCCAGAAAAAUCUCCCUAUCAACAGCGUUGGAGCAUACAUCCCCGGAGGACGAUACCCACUGCUCGCAUCCGCCCAUAUGACUAUCCUGACGGCCAAGGUUGCCGGAGUCCCUCACGUGGUUGGCUGUACCCCUCCAAUUGGCGGGCAGAUCCCCCAUGCCACUGUGGCCGCGAUGCAUCUGGCGGGGGCCGACGAGAUCCAUCUCUUGGGUGGGGUCCAGGCGAUUGCAGCGAUGGCGGUGGGCACAGAGACGAUCCACAAGGUCGACUUCAUCGCGGGACCGGGUAAUGCAUUUGUUGCUGAGGGCAAGCGUCAAUUGUUCGGGGAGGUGGGUAUCGACCUGUUCGCCGGCCCGACGGAGAUCCUCAUCGUGGCCGAUGAGACGGCGGAUCCGUUCACCGUGGCCACCGACAUUCUGUCGCAGGCGGAACACGGACCCGAUUCUCCCGCCGUGAUUAUCACGACCUCGGAGCGCGUGGGACAGGCGGCCAUCGACAUCAUUCACCAGUUACUCCCGAAUCUGCCUACUGACGAGCUGGCAGGAACAUCGUGGGACCGAUUUGGGGAGGCGAUUGUGGUGGACUCGCCCGAGGAGGCCUGGCAGUUGGCAGACGAGUAUGCGAGUGAGCACGUGCAGAUCCUUACCAAGCGCCCGCGAGAGGCGCUGGAGAAGAUGACUGCGUAUGGGGCGCUGUUCUUGGGCGAGAAGACGUGCGUCUCUUACGGCGAUAAGGUCAUCGGGACAAACCACGUGCUCCCAACCAAGAAGGGGGCACGAUACACGGGGGGCCUCUGGGUGGGCAAAUAUCUACGGACGGUCACCUACCAGGAGGUGACCAGCAGCACGGCCAGCGGCGAGUUGGGUCGGUUGUGUGGCCGGGCUGCCCGCGCGGAGAAGUUCGAGGGUCAUGCCCGGUCUGGCGAUCUGCGAGCCCAGAAGUACCUGGGCGACCGGUUUGCCUGGAUUCCAUCCUCCGACCAGGCCAAUCUGUAG